AUGAAGUCUACAGUGUGUUUUCUUCUCAUCUUCAUCUUCCUUCUCCAGUUGAUGAUCAUAGUGAAAUGUAACAUUCCUUAAGACACUGUGGUGAAGGAAAUGAUCAAGGAAGAGAUAAAUAGUGCAGGGGCUAAGAAGCUCUCCUGCACUAGUGUUACAGCAAAAGACAGACUGGCCACCUGUCCUGCUGGUAUGGCUGUGACUAGUUGUGCUUGUGGCUAUGGCUGUGGAUCUUGGGAUAUCAGGAAUGGAAAUACUUGCCACUGCCAGUGCUCUGUCAUAGACUGGACCACCGCCCGCUGCUGUCAAAUGGCCUAA